AUGGCGCCUGAUGCUGACAAGAGCCCGGCAGCGGAAGGAGGUGAAGGGAAUGAGGAGGCAGCGCAGCCGCCUAUGCAAGUUUCGGCAACGGAGGCGCCAGAGCCGGUUUCGCCCGUGGACCUCCCCACAGAGCAGGUGGUCUUUCUUGUGCGGCACGCAGAGAGCCGCUGGAACGCGGCUCAGGCCAACAUGUCUCCUAUGGGCAUGAUCUGGGAGAACGAUCAUGGCCUGUCCCAGGAGGGCCGGCAUCAAGCGGAAGAGCUGCGCCGCAAGCUCGCGGAGGCCAAGGAGCACCUGCCGCGCAAUGCCGAGAAGGCGAAGUGGCUGACGCGGCUCUUCAGCCCAGACGUCGUCUUCAGCUCGCCCUUCACGCGGGCCCUCCAGACGGCGUGCAUCGGCCUGCCGGGCAUUCUGCCAAACAGCGAGCUCGUGGUGAUGCGCGAGGCGCGGGAGCACAAGCGGCUGGGAGGCUUCGACUCCACCGGCGUGGCCUGCGGCGAGGAGGUGAAGAAGCGGCUGCAGGAAGAGAUGGGCUACCUGUACGAGGAGGAGGCGGACAAGGCCCUGCAGGAGCUGGAAAAGAUCAACAUCGAUACUUCCUCGGUGGAGGAAGAGUGGUGGGGCCCUAUGAUGGGCGAAACCAUCGAAGAGAUGAACGACAACCUCCACGAGCUGAUGCGACAUCUGCGUGGCACCCGGGGCACGCUCGAAGGGGGCGGCGCGUAUUCGGUGCUUGUGGGGCAUUCCUUCAUCAUCCGCUCCAUCUUCGACGCGUAUCUCCUAAAAGGCGCCUGCAGCGAGGAGCGGUCCCUGCGCUCCAAGCUGGUGCCCUGCUGCGGCGUCAUCGCCGCUAGGAUCGUAUGGUCUGCCGGUCGCCCGCAGGUGCGGGAGGCUGUGCCCUUGCUGGGAACCGAAUUGGAGCCCCCCGACUACGAGGAGCGGCAAAAGCGCGUCAGUAGCUGUACCUGCGGGCGAGGCAAAGUGGACGUGUCUUGUGUGAUUUCCUGA